CCGAAAAGGGGGCCGACGAGAGCCGCGCAACUGCUCCGCUCCACCGGUCGCCGUCGGGAGACGCGUUGGACUCUCCGCGGUCGUCAGCGUGACAUAAACGGUUACGGGCGGUUGGAGAGGACGCGGGUGAGACGGGCUUGAAAGCGCCGCUGAAUCCUGCCGGCUGCCGAGGGACUUUAAUCCGCCGACGGAGCUCCGGACUCGGCGGACGCCGCCUCCGCGGCAGGCGGGUCGGGUCAAGUCGCCGUCGUCUCCUUCGGGGACUCCCGAGGGGGUCUCCCGCCACGGGUUGAAGAGGCCCCUGAGAGAUGACUGGCAGCCGAUGCUGAGGCCUCUCUACACGACUGUGAAUCAAUAACUUGGUACUACUCUGAAAGCUGACUGGCUUUGUGAUUCCUUGGUGCUGAAGACAGAGGAGUCGGACAGUGUAGGAAGUCAGUCAAACAGUGUUGGAGUGAGGCCUUCUCUGUGCUACAGUGGAGGGCUUCACAGACGCAGCUAGUCUGGCUGGAUGCAUCACGCAGUAGAGCAGUUCGGCGGCCGCAACACACGGGAUUCCUUCCCUCUGGACGGGCUCAACCGGGGACCAUGGGCUCCUGUGGGCGGCCGUGCCUGGCCACCACCUGCCAGGUGUUCACCCGGAAUGAACCAACACCAGGUCCUUCCCCAUCUACCUCCUGGUCCUAUGGGCGGACUGAACCAUUCCAGUAAAUUCUUCAAUAAUGUGUCCAUGCUGGUGCGAGGAAGCGAGAAGCAGGAUCUCCCCCAGGUCACACUAUCAGGUUUGCAGAGGGAGCAGCAGAGGCCUCCUCUUCAUCCCCCUCCUCACCACCAACAUCCUCCACCUCCCCACAGAGCGUGGGAGCAGCUGUACGAGUGCCACCUUCCUCUGCAGGGACAUGCACCACCACUGCCCCUCCCCAGUGAACACGCACUCCGUCUCCAUAAUGGUGGUUAUGCUGACGGUGGACCUCCCAUCAACCCCCACCUGCCUCCUGGAAGGCAAAACCAACUGCUCAAGUUCGGGGGUCCUCAGGAGCAGCACGUCUCCCGGGCUCCUCCAUCGCUGGGGGAGGAAAUGUGGGCUCAGGUGCAGCAGAGGGGCUACCCGGGGAAGAUGCUUGGGGGACAACUGAAGAGACCAGCGCCUCCAUUGGGAGAGCACUCUGUUAUCCAGCACACUCCUCCACCCUCCCUGCAUCCUUCCUCCCGCCCAGGGUCUGAGGACUGCCCCAGCCCAAGCAAGCGGAAAAAGAGCUCAGAUCAGGCACCCCAUCCAGGGCUUCAGCGUUUUUCCGGUCCGGGCCAGUCUCUGCCCCUCCAGCAGCAGCAGUCCUCGGGACACUACCCCCCUCCCAAAUCAGCUCUCUGGAACCCUCUUCAUAAGGCCAGCCAGCCCUGGCAGCCCCCGCCCAUUGAACGCAAGAACCCACCGCCAUCUGAGUUUCAGGAAACCAACAAACAUGGUGUGGGCAGUUACAUCCACAAGUUCCCCCCUCCCUCCUCCACCCCUUCAACCCUCUCUCCACCACCAACCUCGUCUUCCGGGACCUACAACCAGGGAUGUGGUGCCCCGACACCCCAGAAGGCAGCAUUCCAACCUCAGGCUGUAAACCAGCAGCCCCCUCCUCCUUCCACAUACCCCCACCUCAGCUCCAAACUGGCUCUAGCCCCACCCCGCCAAGCCCUGGAGCCCCGUGGUCUUCAUCCCCAGAGAGGCCCUCUUGCAUCAGGCCGCAAUGGAACCCAAGAGCCCUCUCAUCCUCCAUCUACCCCAACCAGGGGGGAUAGAGUCCAAUGCCCACACCCCCAGUCUUCACCAGCAAACUCCUCUGCUACCAGCAGCAGCAGUGUGCCUUACAGCCACUUCCAGCCUCACCCAGGGCUGGGGCACCAUGGCCCUCCUCCUCCUCCUGCACCUCCCCAGUCUGCCAGCACCACCGCAGUACCUCAGCAACAGCAAAGUGGGUCCCAGGAAGCCUGGAGAUACCAGAACAGGCCUAGCGGUCAUUCCCUGGAGGCAGGAAUCUACAGGUCUCAAGGGCUGCUACCUCAGGGCCAGCAGAGCCACAAUCAGGUUAUGGAGGGUCGGACUCCAGUUACCCUCCAGCACCAUCACCAAGUCAGCCCACCUUUGGCCCCCACCAACCCCACCCGCACUCCUGUCAUCACCCCCAACCCUCCUGUCACCCAAGCCUCCUGUUCAAUCAACAGCUAUGCCAGCAACACGUCAAGCACUGCAAGUAUGGCUACGGUCUCUACUGUGACAACAGCACCGUCUGCUGGCUGCUCAGUGAAUAACAUCAUGAGUGGCAGUAACACAAACACCUGGCAGAGAGGAAGAGAGCCAGUCCCCCAGACCUCCACCAGCACCAACAACAACACACCGUCUCAACUGAAUGUCCUGCUGCAGGCGGGCUAUCAGUCAGGCAGAGCUGGCAGUUCCAACCCCCUGGACCAGCAUGCACGCACCAGCCCUCAUGCCCGGCCCGUACAGGGUAAAACGACAUGCUACAGUCAGUCUGAGAACGAGUGCAUUCCUGCCUCUUCCUCCUCCUCCUUGUUCUCCUCAGGACAUCAGAGGGUAGGGGAGAGUGUGAUUACAAGCAGGAUUUCCAACCCCCUCCCUAAAAUGACCUCAUCCAGUGCAUACUGCCCUGUGGGUCGUACAGCAAGUCAUACCAAGUCUCGGCCACCUGGCCCCGCUCUUUCCUCCAGAUCUCUACAGCAGCCUGGCUCUUCCUCCACCCAGACCUGCUCCCCCCCUGAGCCCCAGAUGCCUCCACUGGCCCCGGCCUCCGUCUCCCAGUCCAUCGAAGAGGCUCUGGAUAAACUGGAUGCUGAAUUAGAGGGCCACAUGCAGGCUGAAGAGAGGAGGAGGAGGGAUAGAGAGGAGGAACAGAGGAAAAUGAGAGAGGAGGAGAGGAGGCGGAGGAGAGAAUGGGAGAAGCAGCAGGAGGAGAAAAGGAAGAAAGAGUUGGAGAAAAGAGAGGAGGAGAGGAGGAAGAGGGAACUGGAGAGGCAAGAGGAAGAGAGGAGGAGGAGAGAAUUAGAGAGGCAAGAAGAAGAGAGAUGGAGGAGAGAACUAGAGAGGCAAGAGGAAGAAAGGAGGAGGCGAGAACUAGAGAGGCAAGAGGAUGAGAGGAGGAGGAGAGAGCUAGAGAGGCAAGAGGAGGAAAGGAGGAGACGAGAACUGGAGAGGCAGCAGGAAGAGCGGAGGAGGAGAGAAUUGGAACAUCAGGAGGAGGAGAGGAGGAGGAGAGAAUUGGAACGGCAGGAGGAAGAAAAGCGAAGACAAAGAGAGCGGGAGAGGAGGCGAAAAGAAUUGGAAAAGCAAGAGGAGGAGAGGAAGAGGAGGGAAUUGGAGAGGCAUGAAGAAGAGAAGAGGAGAGAGUGGGAGAGGAAGGAGAGAGAGAAAAAGAGGAAGAUGAUGGAACAUAAGCGGGAGGAAGAGGUAAUUAGCACUAAAGGCAAAGAACAAACCGCUUUUGAAAGUCUGGAGAGGCUGCUCUCGGGAAACUGUUCUCCCACACCACCACCUCCUCGUCUCUCCUCUGUCACCAUGGCAACUUCAGGGCCACCACCUCCUCGUAAUACCCAGGCAUCACCCCCUUACCCCUGGCUUAGUCGCAGUGGCACACCCACCUGUCUGCCCACAGGCCAGACCUCCAAUACCCCUCUGGAGAGGCUACGACCUCCUCCUCUCACCCCUCAGACGGAGUACGCCAGAGAGAAGCAGAGGCAGAGGGAGAUGUGGAACAGUAACAAUGGCAGCACAGCACUCAGCCCUCCAUCCACACACAAUACCUCAGGGAUGAACCAGCCGGCUUACCCCAGCAACAAGCCCCCCACCAUGCAGGCUGCACCCAGCCCAUCCAAAGACUCCACCAGGGAGAGAGACAGCAGGAGCCAGCAGCAAGCCGCUGGAUGUCAACGUUCUCUGCCUGCUGCCACACUCAGAGAGCCUCCAAAAUUGUACCAAGCAUUUCCCAGAGAGCCACCCGGAGCCCCGUCGUCCACCAGCUCUGGCAGAGAUCUCCUCCACAAGCGAAUGCCCAAUGGAGGGCUUGGCAGCCUGGGUAGCAGCACCAGCAGCUGCAGCGGGGAUUCCGAUAGUGCCCAGUUUGAGGAGGAGCCCUCUGAGUUGUCCACACUGCUUCCUGAUGGUCUGGCUAACAUAAUGGCCAUGCUAGAUGAGUCCAUCAAAAAGGAGGAGGAGAUGUACAGCAACGAGAAGACAGCAUCUAGAGGUGUCCUCGACAAUUUUACUCCUACAGUCCCGCCUGUCAAAAACUACCUGUGCGCUCCAGACCUUAUUCCUGCACCCAAGCACCAGCCAAACCAGGAAGAGUUUGGAUCCAAUCCGCAUGCAAGUCCUCCUGUAUUAAGUCGCCAAGGCUCCCUGGCGUCACCUUGCAGCCGUACCUCCUCCCUCAAUGAGGAAGAGGAUGACUGCCUCAAAGCUUCGCUGAGUGUUCCCGUAAACCCUAAACAGUCAUUGGAUGUGGGAAUAGCAGCCUCUAACACAAACUAUCGCCACAGUGACUUGGCAAAGCUUUAUGGACUCCCUGAGGCGGCUAAAAGUGAGGCAGAUGAGGAGGAUGAUGAAGAGGAGUCUGAGACACCAUCUUGUUCGCCACCACCCCAGAGACCGCACCUCCACCAGACGGGGGUGAACAGCAUGUUCAAGUCUCUGGCAACAGUCCUAGAAAGCCAGAAGUACGCCUACCGGGGCGGGCCUUUUGGAAGACCCCCACCCUCCGCUCUGGUGGGAGUUAAAUAUUCCUCUUCUCUCUCACUGGGUCCAGACAUCUGCCGCCAGCAGCAAGGCACAUCGCCAACCUCAGAUUCCAACAAUCAUCCAGGUUUCAGUCCGGUGGCCCCCCAACUCAAGUCAUCCCCUUCUUUAAUUGUGGAAAACAAGACUGCAAAGGUGGAAGAGGCAGAAAUCUGGAGGAAUAGCCAAGAGACAACAGAGAGGAAGGAUAACUUUUUCAAGGAUGAGAGUGUUCCCUCCAUCGUACCUGUUAAGAUAGAGGUGAAGGAGGAGAAACAACUAAGUACCAUCUCAGAGUCUUCUCUGGCUGAGCUGGGCAGGAGUUGCGAGGUCAUGCUGAGUCGGCAGUCUAUUCCCAACAAGACAUCACAUGACAAACCUAGCAGCCACAGCAAACACGAGGACAAACACAAACCAGAGAGAGAGAAGGAACGAAAUAGAGAAAGGGAGAGAGAGAGAAACAGGGAGAAAGAGAAGAAGAGGAAACAUGGCCACAGUCACAGCAGCAGUGAUGGCAAGAAACAUGAGGACAGAAAAGAGAGGAAAAAAAAGCACAGAGACAAAAAGGAGGAGACUACCUUCUCUUCAUUAUCAUUAUCAUCUUCCUCUUCCCAUUCUGGCUCCAGCCACAAGCGGCACAAGGAUGGCAAGAGCCACAAAGUAAAGAAGGACCGCAGAAUCCUUGGUGAUCUCGACCUCCAGGAGGUUCGUGAGAAAAAUCGGACUCAUUUUGACUCUGACAAAAAGAAACGUAAAGAGGUAUCCGAAGCCACCACCAGUGAGGGCGAACUUGCUGAGUGGACCUCUAGAAGUUCUGGGGAAAGAUCCUGUGGUGGCACAAAAGAGACAGAAACAUUCAGUUCCUCGCUAGGCUCUGCAGACUUCCUAAAGCUCAAGGCACUGUCAGACGGGCCGCCCAAAGAGCUGAAGAUUCGUUUAAUCAAAGUGGAGAGUGGGGACAGAGAAACGUUUAUUGCCUCAGAGGUGGAGGAGAAGAGGAUUCCUCUGGAAGAGAUUGGCAUCAAGAACACAGCCAGUGAAAUCAUCAGAGCCUGCAAGGGUGCGAGGGUCAAAGAGAAGUUCAAAGAAUCCUACCUACUCCCUGCCUUCUCUGUCAAACCCAAUAUGAACCCAGAGGGACCUAUCCCCAGGGAGAAGCUCAACCCUCCAACACCCAGCAUCUAUUUGGAGAGCAAGAGGGAUGCUUUCUCCCCUGUGCUGCUGCAGUUUUGUACGGAUCCUAAGAACCCCGUCACGGUCAUCAGGGGUUUGGCUGGAUCUCUGCGGCUCAACCUGGGCCUGUUUUCCACUAAGUCACUUGUGGACGCUAACGCGGAGCAAGCAGUGGAGGUGAGGACCCAGGUGCAGCAGCCUGCUGAUGAGAACUGGGACGCUAGUGGGACAGGCCAGACAUGGCCCUGUGAGAGCAGUCGAUCCCAUACCACUAUUGCGAAGUAUGCCCAGUACCAGGCCUCCAGCUUCCAGGAGAGCCUGCAGGAGGAGAAAGACAGUGAUGAGGAAGAUGAAGAUGAAGAUGAGAAAGAUAAAGAAAAGAAGCCGUCCAGCAUUUCUGAGACACCCAGCAAGGAAAGCUCAAAGGAGGGCAGCUGUGGUGAGCAGAAACCAGUGGGAAAAAUCAUCAAAUUUGGGACCAACAUUGACCUUUCAGAUCCCAAGAGAUGGAAGCCCCAGUUACAGGAGCUGCAGAAGCUGCCGGCCUUCAUGCGCGUAGCGUCCAGCGGUAACAUGUUGAGCCAUGUGGGCCACACCAUCUUGGGCAUGAACACUGUCCAGCUGUACAUGAAGGUCCCUGGAAGCCGCACACCUGGUCACCAGGAAAACAAUAACUUCUGCUCAGUGAACAUCAACAUUGGCCCCGGGGAUUGUGAGUGGUUCUCUGUGCACGAGGACUACUGGCAAGCCAUUAACGACUUCUGUGAAAAGCAUGGUGUGGAUUACCUGACGGGGUCCUGGUGGCCGGUUCUUGAAGAUCUCUACAACGCCAACAUACCUGUAUACCGCUUCAUCCAGAGGCCGGGAGACCUGGUGUGGAUCAACGGUGGAACCGUUCACUGGGUCCAGGCUGUCGGAUGGUGCAAUAACAUUGCCUGGAAUGUUGGACCGCUCAAUGCCUACCAGUACCAGCUUGCCCUGGAGAGGUUUGAGUGGAACGAGGUGAAGAAGGUCAAAUCCAUCGUUCCCAUGAUCCAUGUCUCCUGGAACGUGGCACGCACUGUCAAGGUCACAGAUCCUGACACUUACAAGUUGAUCAAGUACUGCCUGCUGCAGUCAAUCAAACAUAUCCAGAUCCUACGGGACCAGCUGGUGGCUUCUGGGAAGAAGAUCUCCUACCAGAGCCGUGUCAAAGACGAGCCGGCCUAUUACUGCAACGAGUGUGAUGUGGAAGUGUUCGACCUGCUGUUUGUGACCAGUGAGAGCAGCAGCAGGAAGAUGUACGUGGUGCACUGUGAAGACUGCGCCCGCCUGCGCAGCCCCAGCCUGACCAAUGUGGUGGUGCUGGAGCAGUACCGCAUGGAGGAGCUCAUGAACGUAUUCGACACCUUUAGCCUGGCUACGUCCUCCAGCUCGCGGUGACAGAGCUCCUCUCCGAUGUCAUCUCAGCCAUAACCAAAACUCCUGCCAGCCAGGACAAAGAGACACCAUUCACUUUGGGUUUCAGCGUUCCCGUCAUUAUUUAAGUUUUUUUUUUUGCUACUACUACUACUACUACUGCUAAUACUUGCCGAAACAGCCAACUGAAAACCAGUUUACUCAUCAUCACUGUUUACAGAAAUACCUAGCAGCCAAUAAAACGCCAGUUUACUCUCAGAUGGUGCUCUGGACCGGUUAACCCGGCUACGGUGAACUUGAAUCAGCGGGGAGUGGGUCAGGCUGUUGGUGCUGCUGUUGAACAAACUAUGGAGUGAGGGAACUGAUGGCUUCAAUGGCGCGUUUUGUUUUUUGUUUUGUCAGUACCGUGUUGAAUACUGAGAUUUGUACAUGCCGUUUGGAAGUUCUUGUGGGGUGCUUUUUUGUUCUAAAUAAUUUAUUGUUUUUUUUCUAAACUAGAUCAGCCUAGAUAUAUACCACAUUGGCCUUGUCACUUGUAUUUAGAAAAGAGAGAAAAUGAAAAAUACUAAUAAUAGAGAUAUGAACAUUUUUCUAAAGCAUUAAGAAUUUAAAAAAAUACAAUUGUUUGGAAUGCUUCAAAACAUACGGGUUUAAAAGACUUAAGUUUGGGACUUUUGGGUUUGUUUUUGUUUGUUUUUUAAUCUUUGUACAUUUUAAGGUUCUGUUUUUUUUUUAGUGGCUAAAUCUUUCAUUUCGAAGAAAGGUUUUAGUCGUCACAACCUUUAAAAACAUCAGGUCUCCUCGGUUCAUUACUCCCUUUUCCACAUGUUCUUUCUCUUCAGAAAAAAGAAAACAGAUCAUCUGGUGUUUAUUGUGUACCAUACCUCUGAUUUUGUUCCAUUAUGCAGAUUUAGUAUGCCCUGGAUUCUUUUGCAUUGUACAUUUAUUUUAAAUUUAAAAUGUUUCUAUUUAUUGGAUGUCAGUGUUCUCCCUUAUUUUGAUGGGGUUGUACAAGUUUGAGAGGCUUUCUUUGAAAAAAAAAGGAAAAAAAAGGCGAGUGAUUGCUCCGUAUGAACUGAAACGUGGGGGUAUGUCUCUCCACACGGGGGCUACUGUUUUUGUUUUGUUUUUUGGGAGAGGGGGAGGUAUUUCUGGCGCUUGCCUCGUGACUCCUUCCCUUUCCUUCUGGUAUAUAUUAAAUGAUGUCUUUAUCUUGAAUAUAACACCACCUUUCCUGUAGACGCUAGACACACCGCUCACGUAGAUAAGUCCACUAAUGGAACGCCGUCUUUGUGUGCUCAUUACAGAGAGAGAGAGAGGGAAAAAAGCAAAACUACAUUUUCCAAAGUCUCUUGAGAAAUUGUAAUUUUGUUUUUGUUUUUUUGUUAUGGAUUUUCAUUCCGUAGGAGGCUUUUUAGAUGAGAAUUGAAUGAUUUUAUGAUAUUUGUUGAAUAUAACGGGAUAGAUGGUGCUAAAUGUUCUUUUUGAACUGUUUUUUUUUCUGUUGGUCUUCUUAAAAUGAGAUUUCUAUUUUUCCUGUUGCAAUAUAUCUCUCCCUUUUUCCUUCUCUUUGUGGUCAUUUAUUUAUAACUGCACUGUUUAGAGAAUCCACACAAACAUUUGCAUACACACACACACACACCAAACUGAGCCAGACAUGUCUUAAACACUUUGUGAAUUUGUGUGACAUUACUAUGACUAUUAAUAAUAAACGCUUUUUGAUAA